UCUGUGUGCGUCGUCGCUAGGAGCCGCAGGAAGACAGCGCGCGCAGUUUUCGUGAGGCCUGCCGGGAGUGAGAGAAGCCCUCUGCGUGCGAAGCCAAGAUGUCAGAAGACCUUGCAAAACAAUUAGCUAGUUAUAAAGCUCAGCUACAGCAAGUUGAAGCUGCUUUGACAGGAAAUGGAGAUAAUGAAGAUUUAUUAAAACUCAAGAAAGAUUUACAGGAAGUUAUAGAAUUAACUAAAGACCUCCUUUCAACACAACCUUCAGAAACUCUUGCAAAUUCUGAUAGUUCUGCUUCUGCCCUCCCCAGUCACACUUGGAAAGUUGGAGACAGAUGUAUGGCAAUAUGGAGUGAAGAUGGACAGUGUUAUGAAGCUGAAAUUGAAGAGAUAGAUGAAGAGAAUGGUACAGCUGCAGUCACUUUCUCAGGAUACGGUAAUGCUGAAGUCACGCCUCUGCUCAAUUUGAAACCUGUGGAAGAGGGAAGAAAAGCAAAGGAAGAUAGUGGCAACAAGCCUAUGUCCAAGAAAGAAAUGAUUGCUCAGCAACGAGAAUAUAAAAAGAAGAAAGCUUUGAAAAAGGCCCAGCGUAUCAAAGAACUAGAGCAGGAACGAGAAGAUCAGAAAGUCAAAUGGCAGCAGUUCAACAAUAGAGCAUAUUCAAAAAACAAAAAAGGCCAGGUGAAGCGGAGCAUCUUUGCUUCUCCUGAGAGUGUUACAGGGAAGGUUGGAGUUGGGACAUGUGGAAUUGCAGACAAACCUAUGACACAGUACCAAGAUACAUCAAAGUAUAAUGUCAGACAUUUGAUGCCCCAGUAAUUAAGGGGGGAAUUGUCAUAUUUGCAGGGCUUUACAUUUACCUUUUUAUUGUUAUAUUUUUCUAACAGUAAACAAUUGGUGUGUGAUGAAAAUGGUUGUUGCCAUCACUUGGCUUUUGCUAGUACAAGCCUUAAUUAUUACAGAUAUUCAGAUGACCCCUUUAUUGUUCUAAAACUUUGUAUAAAUAUACACAAGUUAGACUGUUGAAGAAAUGCCCUUUGCAAUAUUUUGAAGCCUCUGAUCUGAUAGUGUCUUUACUCAGACGCAUAUUGAGAAUACUACCAAGCAAAUGAGGAUGUAAUAAAAUAAUCAUCCCAUGUUUUUUGCUCUUUUUGAUAUCUAACAGUCCUGUUACCUUCCUACAGGAACGGUAUUAAGUGUUCUUUAUCUGUUAAGAAAUAAUUCAAUUGAGAUAUUUAUUGGGAUUUUAUUCUGAUUGAAUAUAGACUGGAAUGUGCUGGUACGAAGUGUUUUUCAUCUUAAAGAGCAGAACCAUAGACCUACAAUCUUGAUAAUGAUAGCCAGCCAGAAUUCAUGCUCACCAAUGACUCUUAUGUUUCCUCAGGAUGAGAUAUUGGUCCCAAAUCACACAUUCUUUCAGUAAUGCCGUGUGAUUCUAUGUCCAGUGUUUUAGCUAAAGAGAGAUGAAUUCAGACAUGUUAGAGAGGCUUAGAGAGCAGCAAAAUUUAUCAAAGCUUCCCAAGCCAUUCCAAAACUUGCAGGAACUUGGAGAUUCCUCUACCCUGACCACAUAUGAGACCUCAAUAUUGAGUAUGGAGUGGCUUAGGAACCUGCAAAAACCAGUUAUUGUGGUUAAAAACUCAUUGUGCGUGAGGGUGAUUUUUCUUUUCUCUCUGUGGAGUGAAAAAAUAUUAGGAACUGGCUGAUUUGUAUUGCAUUUCUAAAUACAAAAUUUUUGUAACUCUGGAAAAAGGCAGGGAAUCUCAUCAGAAAAGUGCUUAACACUGGCAAACUGGAAAGUGUAUUUAUAGAGGUUAAAGUUGAUAAGGAUUUAGAUAUGAGCUGCAUAGGUUUUUUCAGUAAUUUUCAAGGAUGGAAUAGCACUUUAAAACUGGGAGAGAUGAACUAUACAUUUGGAAGUAGUUAUUUCCACUGAAGACUUGAUGGGUUAUUUGAUGCAGUUAUUUAACAUACUACAACACAAAGUGUCAUUUAGUGCUUAAUCAAUUUUACAGCUAUGUUUAAGUACAGUAGGUGUUCCUCUCCCAAUAAUGCCACAAUUCAACUGCAUUAGUUUUGCUGAACCUUCUUGAUUUUAUUUGGAAAACCAUGUGUAAAUGUUCUGGCAUUCUUGUAUCUUCUGGAUGAAAUUGCUUCCCUUUGCCAUGUGGAAUGCUUAGGGUAGUAAUGGCAUCUUUUAAUCUUUCAAAUGUGUUUGAGAGAAAAAGUUAAUGUAUAGCCCUGUAUACAGUGUAGAUAAAUAUUUUUGUAAAAUAUGGUGUUAAUGAACAAGAGUGAAUUUAGUUAUUACUCCUACUAAAUAAUUCAGAAGUAAUUCUUGCUCAUUAAUCUGAACUCCAUUCCUUAUGUCUGUUACAUUGUAGUUCCCUUUUGUAAUUUGUUUUCUGAAUUCAAAUCAGGUACCAUCAACACUUGUUGAUGCACUCAUUAGUGAAAGUCUGCCAGUUUAUCUGCAUUUAAAUCCGUAUCUAGUAAUUAUAAUCCACUUAUAGAGAUUCUUCCUGUCAACAAAAAGAGGAAGUAAUUUUUAAUGUGUUGAUCUGAGUUUUGUAUGUAACUUUUAUUAAAAUAAAGUGUUUAAAAUCUCUUG